UAGUGCCAAAACUAUAGCAAAAUAAUUUUUGAGGGGAAAAAAGUUCUGAAAAGGGGAAAUCGGAAUUGAGGCAUGGGGAUAGAAAAUUUUUAUAGUGGAAACACUGCAGUUUCUUUCAUUCAUUCACUUUGUUUUGACAGCGGAAGCAGUCAAAAUGUCGGCCCACAAGACAUUUAUUAUCAAGCGGAAACUUGCUAAAAAGCUUAAACAAAACAGACCUAUACCCCAAUGGGUAAGAAUGCGCACAGGGAAUACAAUUAGGUACAAUGCUAAGAGGCGUCACUGGAGGAGGACUAAGCUCAAGCUGUAAGCUUGAUUCUUUGUUAUGAUAAGG